UGGAAAACCAGCCUCUCAUAUCACCAGCUUGUAAAUCCGGGUAAAGAUCUGAACAAUAUUAAUCCUACAGAGACAUAUGUGAGGGGUGAUGAGCAGAGUACAGAGGACAUUCCUGCAGAUAACCGCCCAGAUGACUGCACCAGGAACUUAGAGAAACAUCUGGUAUCUUUGGAUUUUGAAGAGCAUGCCAAUAUAAAAGAUAUAUCUUCAUCUAAUCACAGCAACAAUGCAUCAUUUGAUUCUUUUAAACAGGUCCGAUCUUCUGAUUCAUCACAGACUGUAAAACAGAAUGAAAGUCACAGAAGAGGUGCUAAACAUCCAACAACACACAUAAAUGAGAAGCCAUUUUCAUGUUCAGAAUGUGGUAAAAGUUUCAACCAUAAAUCACCUCUUGUUAUACACGAGAGAACUCACACAGGGGAGAAGCCAUUUUCAUGUUCAGAAUGUGGGAAAUGUUUUACCAACAAUUCAGCUCUUGUUACACAUCAGAGAAUUCACAGAGGAGAGAAGCCAUUUUCAUGCUCAGAAUGUAGUAAGCGUUUUACCCAGAAAUCAUAUCUUGUUGUACAUCAGAGAGUUCACACAGGGGAGAAGCCAUUUUCAUGUUCAGAAUGUGGGAAAUGUUUUAACCAGAAAUCAGCUCUUGUUACACAUCAAAAAACUCACAGAGAAGAGAGGCCAUUUUCAUGUUCAGAAUGUGGAAAAUGUUUUAAGCAUAAAUCAAUUGUUGAUAAACAUCAAGAAACUCACAGAGAAGAGAGGCCAUAUUCAUGUUCAGAAUGUGAAAAAUGUUUUAAGCAGAAAUUAGCUCUUGUUGUACAUCAGAGAAAUCACACAGGGGAGAGGCCAUUUUCAUGUUCAGAAUGUGGAAAAUGUUUUAAGCAGAAAUCAACUCUCUUUUCACAUAAAAAAACUCACAGAGAAGAGAGGCCAUUUUCAUGUUCAGAAUGUGGAAAAUGUUUUAAGCAGAAAUCGGCUCUUGUUGUACAUCAGAGAAAUCACACUGGGGAGAAGCCAUUUUCAUGUUCAGAAUGUGGGAAAUGUUUUAAGAAGAAAUUGGCUCUUGUUGUACAUCAGAGAAAUCACAUCGGGGAGAAGCCAUUUUCAUGCUUAGAAUGUGGGAAAUGUUUUAACAAUAAUUCACAUCUUGUUGUACAUCAGAGAACUCACACAGAAGAGAAGCCAUUUUCAUGCUCAGAAUGUGGGAAAUGUUUUAAGUAUAAACAAGCUCUUGUUACGCAUCAGAGAAUUCACACAGGAGAGAAGCCAUAUUCAUGUUCAGAAUGCGGUGAAUGUUUUAAGCAGCAAUCAGCACUUGUUUUCCAUCAUAGAGUUCACACAGGGGAGAAGCCAUUUUCAUGCUCAGAAUGUGGAAAAUGUUUUAAGCAGAAAUCAGCUCUUGUUAUACAUCAGAGAAAUCACACCGAAGAAAAGCCAUUUUCAUGUUCAGAAUGUGGUAAAAGUUUCAACCAUAAAUCACCUCUUGUUAUACAUGAGAGAACUCACACAGGGGAGAAGCCAUUUUCAUGUUCAGAAUGUGGGAAAUGUUUUACCAAUAAUUCAGCUCUUGUUACACAUCAGAGAAUUCACAGAGGAGAGAAGCCAUUUUCAUGCUCAGAAUGUAGUAAGCGUUUUACUCAGAAAUCAGAUCUUGUUGUACAUCAGAGAGUUCACACCGGGGAGAAGCCAUUUUCAUGUUCAGAAUGUGGGAAAUGUUUUAACCAGAAAUCAGCUCUUGUUACACAUAAAAAAACUCACAGAGAAGAGAGGCCAUUUUCAUGUUCAGAAUGUGGAAAAUGUUUUAAGCAUAAAUCAAUUCUUGAUAAACAUCAAGAAACUCACAGAGAAGAGAGGCCAUAUUCAUGUUCAGAAUGUGAAAAAUGUUUUAAGCAGAAAUUGGCUCUUGUUGCACAUCAGAGAAAUCACACAGGGGAGAGGCCAUUUUCAUGUUCAGAAUGUGGAAAAUGUUUUAAGCAGAAAUCAACUCUCUGUUCACAUAAAAAAACUCACAGAGAAGAGAGGCAAUUUUCAUGUUCAGAAUGUGGAAAAUGUUUUAAGCUGAAAUCGUCUCUUGUUGUACAUCAGAGAAAUCACACCGGGGAGAAGCCAUUUUUAUGUUCAGAAUGUGGAAAAUGUUUUAAGCAGAAAUCGUCUCUUGUUGUACAUCAGAGAAAUCACACCGGGGAGAAGCCAUUUUCAUGUUCAGAAUGUGGGAAAUGUUUUAGCAAUAAUCAAGAUCUUGUUGUACAUCAGAGAACUCACACCAGGGAGAAGCCAUUUUCAUGUUCAGAAUGUGGAAAAUGUUUUAGGCAGAAAUCAUCUCUUGUUGUACAUCAUAGAACUCACACAGGAGAGAAGCCAUUUUCAUGCUCAGAAUGUGGGAAAUGUUUUAAGCAUAAACAAGCUCUUGUUACGCAUCAGAGAAUUCACACAGGAGAGAAGCCAUAUCCAUGUUCAGAAUGCGGUGAAAGGUUUAAGCAGCUAUCAGCUCUUGUUUUCCAUCAGAGAGUUCACACAGGGGAGAAGCCAUUUUCAUGCUCAGAAUGUGGAAAAUGUUUUAAGCAGAAAUCAGAUCUUGUUAGACAUCACAGAAAUCACACCGAGGAGAAGCCAUUUUCAUGCUCAGAAUGUGGAAAAUGUUUUAAGCAGAAAUCAGCUCUUGUUACACAUAAAAAAACUCACAGAGAGAAGCAAUCUCCGUGCUUAGCCCUUUAGUGACCUCCUUUGUGUUGUUUUGUUUUUAUUAUUUUUAUUGAAACAUUUUCAAUUCUUAAAACAGCGACAGAAAUGAAAAGGGGAGGGAAAUACACCAAGUUUUCUGGAAUUAUACAUCGUUUGAAAUAGUCCAUCUAUAUAUAAAAUAGGUUUCUAGCAAUCAUCAUAUUAGAAAAUAUAAUAAUAGUAUGAUAAAGAAAAGACAUGGAAAGGGGAGGGAAAGGGAAGGUUAAGUUUGAAGAGCGCCCAAAGUACCUUUUAAAGAGGAGAUUAGGUAUGAGGAGGUAUAGUGGAAUGGUUUGACUAUCUCUGAGAUUUCAGAGGGGAUGAAAUGUGUGGUCAGAAAAGUCUUCCAUUUUCGGAAGAAUUUAGUAGCAGAGCUCUCUUUGUGCCUUUUUGCCUCGAUCUGAUCAUACCUGAACAGUAUAUUCUGUUUUGAAAUCACUGUUGAUAUGUUUGGCAUUAAGCUGAGAGCCAGUGGUGUAAUACUACUCUCUUGGCCACCAGCAAUAUCGAGUGGAGGAAGAGAGGAACAUUUUGAGGGCGAGUAGCUUGGUGUGUUGGAAGGCGAAUAUAGUGAAACAACAAUGUUUGAGGGGGAGGUUGAUCGACCAGUAUGUCCUGACAUAUACUAUCAUACUUUCCCGAAAUGUUGAGACCUGAGGGCAUGACCAUAUGCCAUGCCAAAAAUCUGAGGCCGGCUUUUUAAAUUUGGAGAAAGAGUAAAGAGCGAGGGUUAAUCGGAUCUUAGGAAAUGAUUUAUCCGAAAGAAAAGAAGAACUUGAGGUGCCAGUGGAGUAGAAGUGUUACUGGUGGGUAUACCACUUGGUACAUAGUUACAUUGUAUAUAAGGCCAGAAAAAAACAUUUGUCCAACCAGUUCGGCCUGUUAUCCUGCAAGUUGAUCCAGAGGAAGGCAAAAAAGAGGUAGAAGCCAAUUUUCCCCACUUAAGA